AUGUUUUCCAGAAAGGAGUUGCUUUACCUUAGGGCGUUAAUUUUCGCCACGUUGCUGCACCUUAGCAGCGCACUGCAGUUGGAAGGACUCUCGACAAAGAAGCCACGUAUUACCAAGUACACAAUGAAGCCCACAUCCAGCUCGGCCACCGCCGUACCAUCGUCUUUGUCACUGUACCGUCUAAACGGAGCGAGUGGAGCAACGUGCAUACUGAUUCAAACCGAUGCCCUUCUAAGCAUUCAGUAUCGUGAUAAGUACAACGAGGAUAAGGAAGCCGAUACCUUCCUUCCAGACCAAAUGGACAUCUCCGGCGAAUGUUGGGAGGACGAAUCACGCAUCACGAUGGCGUGGAAGGGUUUCACCGUAAAUAUCUACUUCUCGAAAACACCCGGCGGUGAACGUUGGUACGUGAACAGUGUCGAUCUGGCGUACUCUUCCUCCAACAAGCUGUUUGAGCACAUUGACCGUCCUGGGCUGGAUGUGAAGCUUUCCACACCGCCCGGUACGCUUCUCUUCCCGACUCCGGUCGGCAAGUCGUACACCUGCGACAAGGAGGUCACCAUUACAAUGUUCGCUCAGGACGAAAACGACAAAUCAGGUCAUCUAGCGAAGCUGUAUCUGCGCGAGCUACGGAUGCAAAGCUUCAUGUACAAGGCGGGUAAUGCUUGGGGUCCAACGUUCCAGUGCAGUGCUACUGGGACGUACCGCGAUGAAACGGCACCAAUUGCGGUAGGUUCCACACUGGCCGUCGCAACCGUUUGCACCGUCGUUGGAUACGGUUUGUGGAGAUACUUCAAAGUAAAGAAGUUCCAGUAUGGCACCAUGGCUUAAGGUGUUGAGCGUCAAUCGAGAUAACUAUUGGGU